AUGCCAGUAAUCAAAAAGGAUAAAGUAACAUCUUUCCUGACACCUGGAAAAGGAGCAUACUCAUUUGCCCAGGGAAGUGGACAAAGUAUAUCAGAAACUCAAAGAAAAGAUUUGGAAAAUAUCCAUAUAACUGUAAAUGAGGAUGAUAUUUCAAUUGAACCGCCUAAUGCUUUAGAAGUUCAUAAAAGAAGAGGAGAGUUGAAAAGACUUUUUUCAGAAAGAUCCAAAACAAGAGGCAGCCGGGGCAGAGGUCGUGGUAGAGGAAGAGGAAGAGGUGGAAAAUCAUCAAAAGUACUCUUGGAAAAUAACAACAACAUUGAAAUGCCAAGCAGUGAUGACAAUGAAAUGAGUCCUGUUUAUGCCUUAGAAGAUAAUGUUGAUUCUGUGAAAUUGAGACCAAAGAGGAAAACAGCAAAGGUUCUAGUCUAUGAAGAUGACAAGUAGGUAUUAUCUGAUGAAAACAACAUUCUUAAGUACAGCUGUCUACUCAAAUAUUGGUGACUA